AGGGUCGGCCUCACCUCAUGCCAGCAUCAGAGGGUCGGCCUCACCUCAUGCCAGCAUCAGAGGGUCGUCCUCACCUCAUGCCAGCAUCAGAGGGUCGGCCUCACCUCAUGCCAGCAUCAGAGGGUCGGCCUCACCUCAUGCCAGCAUCAGAGGGUCGGCCUCACCUCAUGCCAGCAUCAGAGGGUCGUCCUCACCUCAUGCCAGCAUCAGAGGGUCGUCCUCACCUCAUGCCAGCAUCAGAGGGUCGUCCUCACCUCAUGCCAGCAUCAGAGGGUCGUCCUCACCUCAUGCCAGCAUCAGAGGGUCGUCCUCACCUCAUGCCAGCAUCAGAGGGUCGUCCUCACCUCAUGCCAGCAUCAGAGGGUCGUCCUCACCUCAUGCCAGCAUCAGAGGGUCGUCCUCACCUCAUGCCAGCAUCAGAGGGUCGUCCUCACCUCAUGCCAGCAUCAGAGGGUCGUCCUCACCUCAUGCCAGCAUCAGGAGGGUCGUCCUCACCUCAUGCCAUGAGUGGCAGUGUGUGCGACGACUGCCCGGUGCAUGUCAUUGUGGACCCCUUGCAUCUCAGCAAUGCGCUCAAGGAGAUCACAGAAGCACACACCCCGUCAGCUCUCCACGGGGCGUGCAGGCGGCUCAGCCCUAGAUGGCGCUGCCUGCUUGAGGGGGUUAAGGGAACGCUAGCAGUAGGAGCAGCAGGCUGUGAGGCAGUGAAGGGGGUUAAGGGAGCGCAAGCAGUAGGAGAAGCAGGCGGUGAGGCAGUGAAGGGGGCGGGUGGGACAGCAGUAGGAGAAACAGGCGGUGAGGCAGUGAAGGGGGCGGGGGCGAAAGCAGUAGGAACAGCAGGUGCUCACGGUGCCAAGACUCAGGCGCUGGCCUUCCAGCUCCUCUUUACGCUGCAAGUGGCAGUGAAGGGCCUUCUUACUUCUCGCUCCUGCUCCCUCUCUUGUUCCUUGUCUCUCAUGCUUUCCCUCACACAUUCCCCCACACUCUCACACUCUUUUCUCACACGUUCCAUCUCUUCCCACCCUGCUCGUCCAUCUCACCCAUCUCUCACAAGCGUAGGUGCAGCUGGUGCUGGUGCUUCUGCUGCUGGUGGUGCGGCGGAUGAGGCGGUGACGCGGGCGUGGGUGGGCGGGCUGCGAGUGCUGGUGGUGGACGACACGCCCGUCAACCUCCUCGUGGCCCGCCGCUCCCUCGCCCGCUGGGGUGCCCGAGUCACCACUGCUUCCCAUGGCCAGCAGGCCGUUGACCUCAUCGCUGCUGGCUUGCAGGAGAGCUCCCUCGCCCGCUGGGGCGCCCGGGUCACCACUGCCGCCCACGGGGAGGAGGCGAUUGAGUUGAUCACUGCUGACCUCAUCUCCACCGCUGCCCACAAGGAGGAGGAGAGAGGGGAGGAAACACUUGGGGAGGAGGGGAGAGGGCUGCAGGAGGCGAGAGGGCAGCAGGAGGCGAGGAGGCAGGAGGAGGCGAGAGGGGAGGAGGAGGCAAAAGGGCAGGAGGAGACGGGUGCAUCAUUGCAGCAUGGCUUCGACUUGGUUCUCAUGGACCUGCAGAUGCCGGGCAUGGACGGCUUCGCAGCAGCAGCAGCCAUACGAUCCCUUGAAAGGAGGGUCAAGUAUGAAGCCAUUUCACGGGCACAGCAAUUGCAGCAGCCGAGGCAUCAUCAAACCCCUUCUGCUCUGCCCGUCCCUCUCCUAGAAGCUUCAAAUCCUGCUGCUGCCACUGUUGGCUGGCCCAUGACUCUGCGGGUGCCCAUAGUGCCAUCUGCAACUGCUCCUGCUGCUGCUGCUGCUGCUGCUGCUGCUGCUGCUGCUGCUGCUGCUGCUGCUGCUGCUGCUGCUGCUGCUGCUGCUGCUGCUGGGUGGCCCGUGUCUCUGCGGGUGCCCAUAGUGGCUCUGACGGCAGACGUGGAUCGCGGAGUGGUGCAGAGGUGUGCAGAGGGGGGGUUUGACGCUGUGCUGCAGAAGCCAGUGGAUGCCCACCUGCUAGCCGCCCACCUCUCCCACAUGCACACCCAGAGGUCCUUCCCGCGGGCCGUGUCACACCCCACUGUCAGUCGAACCAUAAACAGGCACGACAGGUGCAGCAGUCAAUAA